GGCCGCCGCGAGGCUGUGAGCGCGCGUGGGCGCCCACUGAGCCGGGGCCAUGGUGCAGCAAACCAACAACGCCGAGAACACGGAAGCGCUACUGGCGGGCGAGAGCUCGGACUCGGGCGCUGGCCUCGAGCUGGGCAUCGCCUCGUCCCCCACGCCCGGUUCCACCGCCUCCACGGGCGGCAAGGCCGACGACCCGAGCUGGUGCAAGACGCCGAGCGGGCACAUCAAGCGGCCCAUGAACGCUUUCAUGGUAUGGUCGCAGAUCGAGCGGCGCAAGAUUAUGGAGCAGUCGCCCGACAUGCACAACGCCGAGAUCUCCAAGCGGCUGGGCAAACGCUGGAAGCUGCUCAAAGACAGCGACAAGAUCCCUUUCAUUCGAGAGGCGGAGCGGCUGCGCCUCAAGCACAUGGCUGACUACCCCGACUACAAGUACCGGCCCAGGAAGAAGGUGAAGUCCGGCAACGCCAACUCCAGCUCCUCGGCCGCCGCCACCUCCAAGCCCGGAGAAAAGGGCGACAAGGUCGGUGGCAGCGGCGGGGGUGGCCACGGGGGCGGCGGCGAUGCCAGCCUGCGCGCCGCGUCUCCCGCGCCGUCCAGCGCGCCCUCGCACGCGUCCUCCUCGGCCUCGUCCCACUCGUCCUCCGCCUCCUCCUCUGCGGGCUCCUCGGCCUCCGACGACGAAUUCGAGGACGACCUGCUCGACCUGAACCCCAGCUCAAACUUUGAGAGCAUGUCCCUGGGCAGUUUCAGCUCAUCGUCGGCGCUGGACCGGGACCUGGACUUCACCCUGGAGCCGGGCUCGGGCUCUCACUUCGAGUUCCCGGACUACUGCACGCCAGAGGUCAGCGAGAUGAUCUCGGGAGACUGGCUCGAAUCCAGCAUCUCCAACCUGGUCUUCACUUACUGACGGCGCGCGCUGGAGAGGAGGGCCGGGGCGACAGAGGGAGAAAAGAAAAGGUGGACAGAGAGAGAAUUGAAAGUGUAAAGGGAAAAAUUUAAAAAAAUAAAAAAAUUUAAAAAAAAGGAAAAGGAAAAAAAAGUGAUGAACGGGGGCCGGCUCGUCAGCGUGGCGGUCGCUGGAGAGGAGCGCGGGGCGUUUGGGGACCCGAGCUCCCAUCCCCCACAGCCUCCGGGGAUGCGGCGGAGCGGAGGGAGACGGGCGACCUUUUAUUGUUGUUGUUGAUGUUGUUGUGAUGGCGAAAAAGCUUCGAGUGUCCUCCCUUUUGCGUGAAGAGACGCCCCCCCCCUUCUCCGGGGCUUCCGGACUGGUCUGCACCCCAGCGAAAAGCCAAGUUGUGAGUUUUCUCGAGACUGAAGGAAUCUCGUCCCUCUCAUCGCCCCACUUGUUUUUAUUUUAUUUUGUUUUUUCUUUGGUCAAGAGAGGAGAGGGUAAAAAAAAAAAAAAAA